AUGGACCCCCGUACCAGUGCCCAGGACGUGAUGCGAUGUGACCUGUGCGAGACUGCUGUGGUACAGAUGCACUGUGAUACAUGCCUUGUCAACCUGUGUACAGCGUGUGUAGGAAAACACAUGAUAUCUGAUGAAUCCAAGGAUCACAGGGUCCUUAAAUUUCAGGCCAGGAAAUCUACCCCCCUCUACCCUGGAUGUAAAUUCCAUGAUAAAGAACAAUGUAAAAUGUACUGUAAUCAAUGUGACAUUCCUGUCUGCCAUAAGUGUAUCGGAUCUGAUCAACAUCUAGGUCAUAAGGUAUCAGAAAUCUUGAAAGUUGUGGAUGAAAGAAAGACUAAAUUCAUGAAAGAACAGACUGAAUUAAAUAAGACAAUUUAUCCCACCUACCAGGACAUUGCCUCUGAUGAUGAAUUCGAUUCAUUGGAAACUACAAUAGACACCAAUGAUUUGUCAAAACUGUUUAGUGUCACGUCCAAUGUACACACAUACAGAAAUCUUCCACACAAAAUCAAUCCAUCUUUACUUAAAUUUAUUCCAGGAAAAAUCCAAGGAGAAGAACUUAGUAAGCUGUUUGGAGCCAUAUCAUCAAGUUCUUUGACAUCAGAUAAACAUGACUACAGCAUGAAGACAACACAGAAAUCACCAGAAGCUGGAUCCUCUCCUCCAGUCAAACAGCUGCUUGAUGAAACAGAGACUGUCACCACCAUAGACACUCGGUAUAAAUAUGACCUUUACAAUGUGGCCUGUCUGAGUGAUGAAGAAAUCUGGACAAGUGGAGAAGACAAGACCAUGAAACUCUACAGCAUCAAUCAGGGAUCACUACUCAAGUCAAUCAGAACCAAGUACACUGGACAUACUCCUGCUCCAAAUAACCGACCAUUCGAUCCACUAGGAAUCACCACAGACAGUCAGGGUCACAUCCUUACAGCUGAUUAUAACAAUAACUGUGUCCACAUCAUAGACCAGGAUGGACAGUUCCUCCGUUACAUAGACUGUGUACUGAGUGGACCCUGGGGAAUGUGUAUAGAUACAAAUGACAAUCUGUUUGUUGCUCAAUAUGGAAAUAGACAAGUAUAUUACAGUCCUACAGACAUAAUCGUGUCGUUUGAGAUCCUGGACGUGGCACCAGUUGUCGGAGACGUACAGAGUGUAAUCAAAGAGACACCGCUAAGUGUUGCCGCCAACACGCUACAGACCAAAGUCCAAAACUCACAAUUCGCCAUCGCUCUAGACAAAACAGCCUUCCCAAAUAUACCUGCCAUGGUACCUAUCAAAGAGUCUUUCACAGAAACAACGUAUCUAAAUAACAAGGGACAAAAGGCUACAGCUAAAACAGGAUACAGUCCAGGUGCCAUGGCUGCUGUAGGCGUCACAUUACCAAUAGUGGGCAGAGCCUUAGGAGGGGUGUUUGCUUAUUUCUUCUUCAAAUAA